AUCAGUUGAAAAUUGUUUAAACUGGUUGAGGAUGAUUAUGUAAAACCGAAAAGUCCUAGAUUUAAAUAAACUGCAGAUUACGUACAAAUAACAUCGGUGUCAGCCCGCUGUAUUUGACUUUCUCUUACUUUGAUUGCUUUCGCUGGGUCGAGCUUCAUAUCUCUGCUUUUCAAUAUAUUUUGUUGUUAAUCCAUUCAUCCAUAGACAAAUUGAUAAAGUCGUAGACUUAAUUGUUAAUUCUCAACAAACACGAUUCCUUAAUUAUAUUUUCAAAUCAGCUAAAACAAUCACAUCGUUGACAGUGAGAAAUGCGAAACAAUUUUAUUACGCUGAUCAAUAUUUGCCGGAUAUCAAUUGUUUAAGAAUUUCAAGACCCGCGGUCGAUGUUUGUGUUGAUAUUGAACGCUUAUCAGUUUCGCGAACUCCGACAGGUGCAUUCUUGAUAGGCGAGAGUGAAAGGUAUGAUGAAUGCACGCUCUCAUUUGAUGUAUAUAAUAGGUCGUCAUAGGCGUUGAAAGUAAACAGAGCAAAAAGAAUCGCUUUUCCACGUCUAAUCCUGACAUUUCCCGCGAAGUGGCUAUCAUCAUCAACGUAUAAUUUUUAUCGAACACUCGGAGUGAAGCUACAAUAGGCGUACGAACGCUUAUUAUAAUAUAAUGGCUUUUGUCUCACGUGAGAGAGUAUUCAAAGAUCCAACCCUAAUUUUCAUCUACGAUUUCAUCUAUCUCAUUCAGAUGAGAUCGGAAUAUAAAUGCACACUGACUUCUAUCCGUCAAAUUUGUUACGGCUUGAAAUCUUCGAGAUUUCCUCGGAAAUUCUGUCGCACAAAAGGAAUCGUGCAGAAAAGAAUAUCCAAUACGAUGAGCCAGAAGUGCAUACGUGAAACCAGCGCGCGUUUAGUUUUGAGGGGAAGAAAUGCUAAACGCAAAUCGCGAAUGACAAGUUGAGUACCUCUUUGUUACGUGGGACAAUGCAUGCGGCUCGUGUCAGGUCAAAUUGCCGCCCACAGGUGCGAGAACUGCUACAACCGCCGCCGCCGCCGUCGCCGCGCUGGAGGCUGUUAUUUCUCCUGCAUGUACAAGCAAAGAUUACAUGCAGGAUAGAGACAAUAAGCGCAUAAGUUAUUAGGGGUUUCCCCACGGCUGUCAGUGUACGUUCGAACGCGCACUGUGACAGGCAACAUUGUUUUCCGACUCGCGUCUCAUUGUUCCAUCCUACUGCGCACUAAAGUACCCUCCCGCUUCGUGAAAGAACAUGUAAAUUAAAAGAGAUUUGCGAAAUUUUAUCACGCAAGUUAACGCCGCGCUUUGGAAAUGAUUCGUCGCUCUUUUGCAAAGUAUCGAAAGGGUUAACAAUAAUCUAUCUCUUUUUUCUUUCUUUGUUUCUUUCUUUCUUUCUUUCUUUCUUUCUUUCUUUCUUUCUUUCUUUCUUUCUUUCUUUCUUUCUUUCUUUCUUUCUUUCUUUCUUUCUUUCUUUCUUUCUUUCUUUCUUUCUUUUUGAGCUUUGAGCGUCGGUCCGGAUUUGCGCGAUGUUUUUAACUUUUCGAAACACAACCGGUUUCAAACUCGAUUUUUUUUCUCGGUAGAAUGAGAACUUGAUUCCCAAAACGGAUUCCCCUAUCAAUGCUUUGUAAUCCUAUUUUUUUUUUGCACUUUGCAGGAAACAUGAGGUAAACUUUUGUCUCUCGGUCGCUUUUCGCGAUACACGCAGGUCCCGUCCUCGAUUUUCUCCUCUGUGAAAGAAUUUUUGUCGAAUUGUCGCAGUCAUUUCUUGCUUCGAUUCAAUGUAAUCGCAAUUAGAGAUUACUCGUAGCGACUCGUUCGUAGAAUCUUGUAUAAAAAUAUGCGUCGACCCUUACAAAUAAUAUUUUUCAUUGGGUCGCCUAAUUUGACUCAAGUGUUUUUUAUUUAGUACUUGCAAUGAAGAAUCAUGUAGCAAAGGAAUUGUGUGCCGAAUGAAUUUGAAGUGCACUGUUAAAAAUGUUAUGCAAUUCAAUGUAUUUUAAGUUAAACAUUGAAUUUAAUGUAUUUAUGAUUGAAAAGUAUGUGCACGAAAUUUAGUGCAUUUUUGACAACUUUAAAUGUUUUUUUUUAUGUACGUGCUUGAAAUUUGCUUCUGUUACAUUGCAUUAAAUUCUACUGCCAAUUUUUGACAAUGUAGUGAAUUAUUUCUCAGCGAAAAUAAAAUACAAGCCAUAAAUUGAGUGAACAUUACUAAGAUCUUUCUUCGUCCUUAUCGUGAUCUUGGAGAAAAAUUUCAUCUUUUUAUUGAAGUAUUUCAUAGAAAUUUUAUACCGAGUAAUGGACUAAUGGACAAGUAAGAUGAUAUUUUAUUACUUUUUCAAUCAGAUUUUAUAUUACUUUACUUUUAAAUAAAACUUUAAUGUUUGCUCUUUUACAAAAGCUUUUCGAGGGAAUAUGAGAUAAGCAAUAUGAUUGAAGAAAGUAUCUAGUUACUGUGAGAACUGCAAAAAGAAGAACGUUGUUAGAAUUUUUUUGAAGUUUUAUGUUCAAUAGACUUCUCGUAGUAAAGCAUCAAUUAUCAAGAAGGUAUAAUUGCCUAUUGAUAACAUUUUUUUUUAUUUUUUUAGACGAAAAAAUCUUUUAUAGUCUAUACAUGUGUGUCCAUUAUUUGGUAUCAAUAUGAAAUAUUUUGUAUUCAAUAAAAAUUGAAAUUUUUCUCUAAAAUCGUAAUUAAUAGGAAUAGUAAAAAGAAAAAUUAAAAUUAGUGAUGUUUAUUCGAUUUGAGGCUUAUAUGAGAAUGGAUUUACAGAUUUUUCGAUUUUUACUGAAAAAUAACAAUCCAACAUAACUUUGAAUCCAUUUAGCACAUAAUACUUUUUCUACGUUGCAAUUACCAAAUAAAAACACUAUAUGCGUCAAAUUGGAGGCGGCCCAUUGAAAAACGUUACUUGUUAGAAUUACGCAGAGUAACUCUGAUGAAACCGUGCAAUGUUUACUAUUAUAGGAAAAUUUUAACGCAUAAUGAAUGAGAUGAGUGAGGAUAAAAGUAAUGCCAAGAAUACACUUCGUUCUGCAUGGACGGCUGGAAGCUCUAAGUAUCCUGUCAUGAUUAAAACUCAAUCGCCCAAGAACAAUUUGCGCAACAGCAGGUUCGAUUCCAUGAAGUCUGACGUGAUGCCCGAAAUGUUAGCGCCCGUCGUGUCCUCGUCGGAUGUCUUCAAUCCUUCCACCGACAGUAUGCACGCGGCCAUGAGACCGAUCAUCAUGCUGGCUCAAUGCUUCUCCAUGCUUCCGGUGUGCGGUGUCAAUAAGCCGGACGCUUCGUACCUUCGAUUUACAUGGCGCAGCCUGAAAAUCUUGUACACGGCGGUCGUUUUUCUGGGGGUGCUCCUCAUAUCAAUCACCAACAUCCUGCGUUUGCUCAAUACGGGGAUAAAUUCUGCGAAAAUGACGGGUUUCGUUUUCUACGCCACGGCCCUGGUGACCGCCAUCCAGUUCGUACGGUUGGCGAUGCAGUGGCCUUGCUUGGCGUUAACUUGGGAGAAAUUGGAACGCGAAUUCAUCUCGAGACAUCGGCGUAUCUCGAGAACCACUCUCGCAACUCGUUUCAAAAUCAUAACUGUCAUCGUCAUGUUACUCGCGUUAGUGGAACAUACUGCCGCUGUGCUUUCUACAUAUAUCAGUGCAGUAGAGUGUGCAGAGUAUCGCGGUGACCCGGACAUUGUCGGUAUUUAUUUCCAAAAGCAAUUCGCUCAGGUCUUUACAUUAACAUCUUACAGUCUCUGGAAGGGGAUCGUGGCUGAAACCAUAAAUGUCCUUAGCACAUUUUCGUGGAACUUCGUCGACCUGUUUCUUAUGCUUAUUAGCAUAGCUUUGGCGGGCCAGUUUAGGCAACUGAACAGUCGUCUCUUUUCGAUACGGGAAAAGGCAAUGCCGGAGUGGUGGUGGGCUGAAGCCAGGAUUGACUAUAAUCACUUGGCAACUCUUACGCGCAAGGUGGACUCUUACAUCUCGAGCAUCGUGCUUCUGUCCUUCGCUACAAACUUGUACUUCAUCUGCAUUCAAUUGCUGUUUUCCUUCAACCCAAUACGCGGUAUCGUGCGGAAGGUCUACUUUUUCUAUUCCUUCGGCUUUCUGUUGUCGAGGACAACGGCAGUCUCCUUGUGCGCGGCUUCCAUUCACGACGAGUCCCGUCUGCCAGCACCGAUUUUAUACAGCGUCUCUAGUUCCAGUUACAGUAACGAGGUCUCAAGAUUUUUGACGCAAGUAACGACGGAUAAUAUAGGCUUGACAGGAAUGAACUUCUUUUCCGUAACGAGAGGACUUGUAUUAACUGUUGCCGGAACUAUUGUGACUUAUGAAUUGGUCUUGGUACAAUUCAACUCCGUCCAACAAGUGGACCAGUCGAAUAUAACAAAUGCUUGCGAGGUGAGAUAGAGAGCUAGCUUUCGACAAAAUUUUUUCAGGAUUUUAACCACCCAUAUCUGCUUCUGCAAAUCACACGAAACGUUUAAAGAAAUGCUCUGCAGUAAAAUAUUUUAUCGUGUAAAUACAACUCUAUAUUACGAUCUUACACUCUAUAAACUUUUUUACUUAUUGAAAUAGAUGUGAAGCGGCGUAUACGAGUCCGGCGCAGUAAAUGGUGCACAAAAAUAGCGUUCAUAAAGAUUAUAGAUCCAAACUUGGUUUGUAUAUUGUAGAUGUUUCAACUCUUUCUUCAGUACGUUUUGAUGAUCAUUAUACAGAAAUAUAUAGAUUACUGUCGACCUCGAGAAGUAAGAUUCACUUGUAUAAUAAUUGAGAUGUCAAUUACAAACGAGCUGAUGGGCACAAUAUAGUAAACAUAUUUAUUACUAUAAAUACAAUGUGGUUCUCUAUACUAAUUAAAGUUUUUCUUUAAUGACAAAAUUAAAGAAUGGAAUAAGAAAAAGCAGAGACUCAAACGAAAUCGGCAGUUGUCACAAAAAGAAAAUAUAUGUAGUCUGUGUUUCAAAAUUCAAGUAUUGAAAACCUAUAGUUUACGUUACGUAUACUAUAGCUUUUCAGUACUGGUAGUGAAUUUUGGAACGCCAUAGUCAGAGCGUAGCUGUAGCGAUAAAAAGUGAAAUAAAAAAAUGUGUGAAAGCUUGAAAUUAAAAUAAAGUAUUGAAAAUUGUAAAAUAAUUUUAUAAUAAACUCAAUAAAAAGUAUGUAAGAUGC